UGUGGUGACGGUGUAGUGAUUACGUCUACCGCUCCAGUAACUGUUACUUCUACCGCUCCAGUAACUGUUACUUCUACCGCUCCAGUAACUGUUACUUCUACCGCUCCAGUAACUGUUACUUCUACCGCUCCAGUAACUGUUACUUCUACCGCUCCAGUAACUGUUACUUCUACCGCUCCAGUAACUGUUACUUCUACCGCUCCAGUAACUGUUACUUCUACCGCCCCAGUAACUGUUACUUCUACCGCUCCAGUAACUGUUACUUCUACCGCUCCAGUAACUGUUACUUCUACUCCUAAUGUUGUGUCUACCACCAAGGCAGGUGGUGACACAACUUCUGUCCCAACGACUACAUCUGGCUCGGCUCCUUCGACUACGACCACUACUGUAACUACCGCUUCAACGACUCGAGCGCCCACAACAGAGGUUUCUAGUACGACAGCGUCGACGAUUGCUGUAACUACUACUGGUACCAAAACUGCUACUACUAAUUGCUAUGAAAGUGGUACGUGUGUUCCUGACGUUCAAGGAGCUAUAGAUGCUAUACGCUCUCUGAUAGGCAACAAUUAUGUUGAUACUGGCAGUGAUAUGCCCGAGGUCUUCAUGCCACAGUACACUAUCAUCAGCCUGAGUGUAACGAAGGCCGUGCGGUCUGCAUUAUCACCUUCGAGUACUAUGGUGGUAAGAUGCUCGAGGAGCCCACCGACUGCUCUGGUGAUGGUCCAUGUACCUCCUUUGUUCAUC